AUGAACUUGCUACCCAUCGACCCGUCGCUCUUCCCCAAGCUGAGCACCAGGAGGGCUCUCUUGGUGGUCGAUGCCCAGAAUGACUUUCUGUCUCCAGACGGUGCUCUACAUGUCGGCGAUCCGGCCGAUCUUACCGGCCGGAUCACCCAGCUUGUGGACGAGUUCCGGCCGUAUGGAGAUAUCGUUUGGAUUGGGAGCGAGUACAGUCAGCCUCGGCCGGCCAAAAACGAGCAGAUCAUCACAUCAGACACACCGGCAUCAGGAAAUCGGAAGACUGCAUCUAGAGGCCGCAAACCACCACCGGCAUCGGGUGAGCAGUCGUUGUCCAGGUGCCCAGAGGCUUUUCUUUCCGGCCCGGCACCGGGAAGGCCGGAGUGCGUGCAGAAAGACACGGCAGGCGCGGAGUUCCCUCCCGAAAUCCAGAAACUCAUAGAGAAAAAGGACAUGUCCUUUACCAAGACGCAUUAUUCGGCUUUCAAGGUUCCGAGCCUUAUACAACGCCUCAGAAUGAAGUUUGUCAGUGAAGUAUUCCUCUGUGGCUCUCUCACGAAUAUAAGCAUUAUGGCAACUGCGAUAGAUGCUGGCAGCCAUGGACUUGACAUCGGCAUCGUCGAAGACUGCUGCGGUUACAGGAGCAGUGACCGCCAUAGCGGCGCUCUCAAGAAAAUACAGCAGACUACAGGUUGCGACAUCAUGUCUACUGAUGAAGUCCUGAAGCUGUUGAAGCCGAAAACGAAGCAGCUCCCCGCUACGGCGCCAACACCGAAUCCAACGGGCAGAAGAUACCCGGUGGUAUAUGAGGCCCGGCCCAGCAGCAGCGGCGACCAGGAGCUUUCGAAGAGCCCUCCAUCCUCUGCAUCGUCCAAUGUUGACUCAUCGCCUAUAAGUCCGCCGCUCGCUAGCGAGGCUAAUGCCGGUCUGCCGCCUAUAACAUUCACACGCGCCCGAACCGCUGCAGCGCGUGGGCGUCCAUCUCGGCCGCUUCCAGAUAUUGAACAACGCCUCAAUGGACAGAUUGCAAUCAUGGGCAACAUGCACGCGUCGCCUAACGACGAUUUGAAUGCAAGUUCCGGGGAUGACUCACAUGACGAUAGCACCGUAAAAGCUCCGCCAGCUGCUCAGCCUCAAAAUGGAAUCGGGUCUAGAAACAAAGGGAAGUCUUCGGAAACAAGGUGCAACCCGAAGAAUGAAGUUGGAGCAACCAAAGAGACUGGUAUUGAAUCGACUUUGAGCCGCUUGAACUUGGGGGGUGAUAAAGAUACGAGACCGUUGAAUGUUUCGGUUUCGCCUGUCAAUGAGAGUGCGCCUUUAGAACACCAGACAGAACCUACGACAAUUACUUGUGAACCACCAAAGGCUAGAUCACCGCCAAAGCCAUCGAACGGUCCCCCGAAUCCCAACCAGGAUAUUGGUACCAAAAUGGAAGACAGGCAAUUAACUUCGACCACGAGUGAGCCGUUGUGCGAAGGCGACACCAAGGUCCAUUACAAUGUCUUGCCCGAAGCACUUGCCGAGGGUAUUUUUGACAAACUACGAGAGGAAGUUCAAUGGCUGCGAAUGUCACACCAGGGAGGUGAAGUCCCUCGAUUAGUCGCUGUUCAAGGCGAGGUUGAUGAAAGCGGCGACAUUCCAGUAUAUCGACAUCCUGCAGAUGAGUCACCACCUCUGCUACCGUGGACGUCGACAGUGAAGGAUAUCCGUGAUGUUGUGGCAGAGAAGGUCGGCCACCCCCUGAAUCACGCGCUGAUCCAGUUCUAUCGAGAUGGCAGCGACUACAUAUCCGAACACAGUGACAAAACCCUGGAUAUCGCCAAGGGCAGUUUCAUUGUCAACGUCAGCGUAGGCGCCGAGCGGACCAUGGUACUCCGCACCAAGCGUCCCCCCAAACAGCACAACGACGAGCAGUCGCAGGCGGAAACCCCUACCGCAGCGGCACAAGGGACAAAGCGUGAGGCGCAGCGGGCCCGUCUGCCGCACAACUCCAUGUGUCAGAUGGGACUGCAGACGAACAUGCGCUGGCUGCACGCCAUUCGCCAGGACAAGCGCCUAGAUCGCGAAAAGACAGAGGACGAACUCGCGUAUGGUGGCGCCCGCAUCUCGUUGACGUUCAGGCAGAUAGGAACUUUCCUGGACCGAGACCAGAAGCUCAUAUGGGGCCAAGGGGCCAAGGCAAAGACGAGAGAAGAAGCUCGUGAAGUCAUCAAUGGACAGACGCCGGAGGCAGUUGAGAUGCUUAGAGCGUUUGGACGUGAGAACCAGUCUAGUGACUUCGACUGGGAUGAGUACUAUGGCAAAGGAUUCGACGUGUUGCAUAUUAUGGCCGCACACAGGCUGUUUACUUCCAGCGAUGCGGUAGCCAACGUGCGCGUGCAACUCAUGUUGACUGACUUGGGCAUUGGAUAUGCCAAAGGAAGCCUGGCGCCGGUAGACAUGAAGCCCAAGUCAGGCGAUCAACCGCCCGCGCCGAGCGACACCUCCAAUGAUCCGCUAAUCAAGUUCGUUGACAAUGGCCCGGGAAAGUCUACGGUCUUUGGUGACAUGGCCAUUAUGUUGUACCUUGACAGGUACUACGGGAAGGGCGCAGAGGGGACUGCGGCUGACCGAGCUGACACUGCCCGUUGGCUCACCAGAUUCCAGCAAGCCAUUGCUUUGGGCAGCGGAGGCCUGCCAGCCGAUGCCACAACACUUAGAGACCGCCUUACCGCCUGGGAGAAGUACGCCGAGGAAGCUGAUUUCAUAGCUGGGCAUUCCAUUUCGCUAGCAGACUACGCGUUCUGGCCUCUCCUGUAUACCACCCUCGGAUCGACUUGGAGGGACGAUCUCGCAUGGGCACCGAAUUUGAAAACAUAUUACGAGCGCAUCCGCGAUCGAGAAGUGGUUGUGAAGGUCUUUGGAAAGGACAAGGAGCAACGGAAACAGGAAGCAUCGCCGAAAGGUACACCAAAGAAAUCGGUCUCGGGGACGAGCAACUGUGAAAAGGAGACACCACCUUAG